UUAUCUGUCGACGAUCUGACGAGUACGAAUGAACGGACGCAAGUGCGAAAGUCUGCAGAUGCACUCGCAUCGUCAACGCUCCCCGUUCGUUAUUCGCUCCGAUGUGCAAUGUGAAUCUACCGUGUAAUCCUCGUAACGUAAAGUUUAUUUACAUAGUGACGGUCCCGCGUAAAACAUCGAUUACGUGCGAAGAAGCGACGAUGUCCUUGCGAAGGAUUUUCUCGUAAUCUUUGCUCUCUCGCAACACAUUUCGUUCGGUCGAAUAUGAAAAGGAGUCCAUUCGAUGCAGUUCGCGAAUUACUUUGUGGUCGCACCUGUGAAUAUUACCAACGAAGCCGCCUCCAUGCCUAAAAAAAUGCACGUACGAUGGAACGAUUUUGAGAAACAACACACACCGAGUAGGACAAACAACAAGCUUUCAAACGUGGAUGAACACGACGUAAAUUCUGACGGGGCGAGUAACAAGUCGGUAAACACCGAUUUAUAUCAAGCGGUGUUCCCAAUCUAUCAUGUCAGCAAACUGAUCGGUGUAUUUCCAACGAGAUUUGUCAAACAGGCGUCUGGCAGAUAUCAAGGCCAGUUGAGCAUCAUCGAUAGCGUUUACAGUAUAUGUUUGCUGAUAUGUGUGAUCGGAGCUGGAAUUUGGGGAUUCUGGCGCGAUUUGAGAAACGGAUGGGAGCACAGCACCAGACUCAAGUCGCAGAACGCGGUGAUCGUCACCACCAGCGACGUGUUGGGUGUGAUGAGUCUAACAGCCGUUUCCAUCAUCGGCUCGAUUUUGCGCUACAAGAAUGUGCAAACCGUUUUUGAGAAAUUGGUCGAAUGCGAUGAAAAAUUGGGAAUUGUCUCGCCGAGGAAACUCAGACGGUACACAAUCCUUCUGACGUUGUGCACACUUUCCUAUUCCAUUAUUAUUUCAUGCCUCGACGUUCACACGUGGAACUUUGAGGUGAAGCUGUCGAAAAAACCAGAUAACAAAGGUCCGUUGAAUUACCUACCCUUGUACUUCAUGUAUCUGAUAAUCGUCAUGAUGGAGGUGCAAUACGCCAUCAUUACUCACAACGUGGGACAGAGGUUCUGCAGACUCAACAAAUGUCUCGAGAACAUUCUUAAAAGCAGUAAAAUUACAGAUCACUUCAGGAAGGAUCUUGGAUUAGCCGGCGAUCUUCGAGAUCAAGGACAACUCACGGCGUUCGUUCGGCAGGAUAUGGGAAAUAACACUCGAAUGUUUCGGAAAUCUAAAAUCAUGGACUCUUCUGCCCCAAAUGAUGGAAAAAGUUUUACAGAUAAUAUAUCCCAAUUAGUGGUAGUGCACGGAUCACUGUGCGACACCGUAACGCUCAUCAACUCCGCUUAUGGCGUUGUUAUACUUGUGAUCACGAUCACCUGUCUGAUACACUUGAUAAUUACACCGUACUUUUUAAUAAUGGAAGCUGACGGAAGACGCGAACCGCUAUUUCUUUUCGUUCAAGGAUUGUGGUGUAUUUUCCAUAUUUGGAGACUGCUCAUAGUUGUGCAGCCAACAUAUUCUGCUACAACGCAGGGAAAAAAAACAGCAGUUUUAGUUAGUCAAUUGUUGUCUGUAAAUCGCGACAGAGAAGGCAGAAAACAAUUAGAGAUCUUUUCCCUUCAACUUCUACAUCGGCCUUUAGAGUUUUCAGCCUGUGGACUUUUCGCUCUGGACCGCACCCUCGUGACUUCAAUCGCUGGCGCUGUCACAACAUAUCUCGUAAUACUGAUACAGUUCCAAAAGGACGAUGACACUAAAGGCAGUUUCGAUAAUAUCCUAAAGAACGCCACCCAAAUGUUAAAGAAUGCGUCGACGCUACACAAUCUCACGGCAGGAAAAUUAGGUUUAAAUUAACAUAAGAAACUUGAUUGUUUUUUUUUUCAUCGAUUUUUUUUAUGUUCUUCAUCGUAUAUAAUAAAAUUGUUUUAAAAGUACACGUCGUCCAUUUAUUUGUAGGAUAUCCAUGACCUCAAAAAAAAUUCUAAGAAAAAAUCGUACGUCCAGAGUUUCUGUGUUCACAUAAAGAUGCAGAUUUCAUGAUACCCCCCCAAAAAAAUAGAACAAAAUUAAUAAUCAAUAUAUCACACCAAUGAACUGUAUGCUGUACCGGAAUGCUCACUCCGAUUAAAAACGUGAUGUGAGAAAACGGCCCCAGAAAAAAUAAGAAUGAAAUAAAAAAAAGUAUUAUUUCUUUAUCUAAUAAUUAGAAGACAUGUACGUGGACUUCGUUGAAUGAUCUAAAUUCACUCAGAGGGAGAAAGAAAUAGCACAUAAACAAUUCAUUCUUUUUUUUCUAAUCGCAGCUAUUUUCCAGGCAUUGGAAUGAGCAGAGUUGCAAACUUUGGCAGGCUAGCAGCGAAAACACCGAGGUGGUGGGGACACGCACUCGAGCGAGAACCCACGAUAUGCGUGCCCCCACCACCUCGAUGUUCGCGCUGCCAGCCGGCCAGAGUUUGCAAUUCUGGGAAUGAGCAUUAUGGCAUAGUAUAGAGCUUACCGUAUCACACAAGUAUAUAACAUGAUUUGUGUUUAAACCAAUUUCUUAAUUAAAGAUAACAUUUAUAACAGACUAAUAGUAAUAAAUGAUUCGUCAUACAGAUAUGUCUAAUGAUAAGAAGGGAUUAAUGUGUGGGGUAAAACGUAGGGAAUUGCGAAUAUGAAUUCGAUCGAUACCAGAGACGCGUGCGAUGCGAUAAUGACAUUUAAUAUCCCAAUUUUCGUACAUCGGCAGCAAUUAUAAGAAAUACGAUUUCGUUCGUUAUUUUUUUACUCAACCCGGUCGCUAAUUAACGAACGAUCCGUUUUCAUCGUGAUCAAUUGACAAUUAAUUAGCACUUCUCGAUCUGUAAUGUAAUUGUCUACAAAGACAUCGAUCACAGCCUAUCCAAAAGUAUUUGCCACUCGUCUUCCGCUCGGUGCCAAGCGCGGAGAUACCCGAGAAUGGGUACACGGUAAAUGAAACCAAUCUUCCGAGCGAACAACAAGAAUUUCUUCCAUUUAAGGUAUAUACAAGGUA